AUGGUGAAGGUAGGCAGUGGAGGGAGCCUCGAGGCUGGAUCCUCCACGGGAGGCUCCCUGUUCAUCACCGCAGAUUCCAUUGCCCCUGCCUUCAUCUCCGGGCUGGCGACGAUCACCGGAGCGCUGGCAGCUGCUCGGGGGGGAGCUGGCGCCGAGGACACCCUCUUGAAGUUUGAGGCCCUGAAGAACUUCAACGCGAAAGUGCAAGAGGUGCAGAAGUUCUCUCAACAGGCUAAUGAUGUGCGGGACUCGGUUGCACUGCGUGUUGUCGAAGGUGCAGCCGGCCUGCCGGCCUCUGCACAAGCAGGCCGCCCAAGCGGCCAAAAAUGCGACAAAGCAGACGGUGGAAGGAGCCCAGACUGCCAAAACGGCGGUGACGGCGCCGACCGCGUCAAUCGCAGGAGAGCUGCGCGUGUUCCGCAGCUUACGGCUUAG